AUGAUCGAGACGAGCACAGCGACCAUGUUGGACCGCGCGGAGGUGGCGCACUGCACCGUGUGCUGCUGCACGCUCACCAACAAAAUCCUCCUGGUGCUCUUCAUGGUGCUGCUCAUCGUCGCCAUCUUGUUUGGGAACCUGGUGACUCUGGCUGUGGUUCUCGGGACCAAACACUUCCACACGCCGCAGGGAUACCUGAAGGCGUCCCUCGCCGUGGCCGACCUGGCGGUGGGGAUCUUCGUGGUGCCGCUGUCUGUGUACGCGGAGGUCUACCUUAUGGUGACCGACUCUGCUCCGAAGUGGACAUCGUACAACUCGCAGUCGGUGAGUUUCCACCCGUGUAACGUCAUCGGCCCUGUCUUCGCCGGCUGCACUUUGGUCUCAAUCACCACCAUUUUCCUGCUGACCAUUGAGAGGAGCAUCGCCGUGCUGCGGCCGCUGCACAAGGACUCUGUGAUCACGCGGAAACGGACCACCAUCCUCAUCGUGCUCUCCUGGGUGGGGAGCUUCUUCCUGGCCGUGUCUCCGAUGGUCUUCAGCAGCGAGAUCGCUCUGGAGUACAACUCCUGCAGCCGGAUGUGCAACUAUGCGCUCGGGAACAUCGGCGAGUUCCCCAACCAGGCGUGGAACAUCCUCCUGCUCUUCCCCGCGUUCGACUUCACGCUGCUUGGAGGAACGGUGGUCAUUAACAUUAUUUCUCUGUCCAGCAUCAGGCAGCACUCGAAGCGCAGGAAGCACCUGGCCAAGAGCGAGUGCCAAAGCGCCACCAAACCCACCUUCUCCGACAUCAAGGCGGCCAGAACCAUCGGGACGCUGACCGUGGCGUUCACCGCCUCGUUCACUCCCAUCGCCGUCUUCGUGGUCGGGAACGUUUUGGGAAAUAAAUGGUGCAACUUUUCCUUUUUCGCCUUUUGGAUUUUGGCCACCAACAGUUGCUGGAAUGUGAUCAUUUACAGCGUGAGAGAUCAGAAGUUCAGACUUCGUGCACACAAGCUCCUCAUGCCUUUCCAGAGAAAAAACACGACCGAAAGCUAA